AUGCAAUUUUUCUUCGAAGAAAUUCCGUUUGGUCAAAAUGAUGUUACUGUUUCGCAGCUCCUUACUGUCGACACGCAACAACUCUACGACGCCAAGAAUGAUACUACUAAUCAAGCAGAAAACAAAGAGAACACCCCAGCAGAAGUGAGCAACAGUAGAUUUCAGAAGCCGCUGUCUACAGUAGAUAUCAAGAACAAGCAGAGGAACGCUGUUCCUGCCAACACGACUCGAAGUAAUAUAUGGGCGAUAAAUGUGUGGAAAGAAUGGGCCGAGAAUCGCAACCUGCAACCAGAAACUGCAUCGGAACCGGGCUUUCCAAUUCCUCUGGAUAUCGGAAACUUUCAGUCUUACAAGGAAAUGGACUUUUGGCUUCAACGCUUUAUUUGUGAAAUUAAGCGGAAGAACGGUGAACCCUACCCACCAGCAACUUUGCAAAAUAUUGCAGCAGGAAUUCAACGUUAUUUACGUACAGAGAAAUCGAUGCAUGUAAAUUUGUUUAAAACGGACGAUCCCACAUUCGCGGAAUUUCGAAAAACAUUAGAUUCUCAUAUGAGAGAGCUCACCAACCAAGGAAUUGGACUAGAAAUAAAUAGUGCCGAUGCCGUGACAGAGGACGACGAAAAGAAAUUCUGGGAAACAGGAGUGUUUUCAAUGUCCAGUGGAAAAGGAUUGAGCAAUGCAGUGUUUUUUUACAACGGCAAAGUAUUUGGACUACGUGGAGGGGAAGAACAGACGGGACUUCUCGCUGAACAGUUUCUUCUUGGUUAUGAUAGUGUAAACAAUCGCCGCUAUGUUAAGUUCCUGCCAAGAAUUAGAAAAAAUGCUCAAGGUGGACUUAAACAGUCAAAAAAGGCUCGCGGCCUGUUGGAACCAAUAGUACACUACGACCAAGAAAACAGUGUUGAUUAUAGUAUUUAUAGGUUGUAUGAGACUUACUUAAACUUGAUACCUAGAACUGGUUUGUUUUACAGAAAACCAUUAAAUGAUUUAAAGUUUAGCGCAGGUUACAUUGCGCAGAAAGACAUGAAAAUGAUGAUGAAAAGUUUCUUUUCUGAAGCAGGUAUUGCUAUCGGAAAUAGGAAUAUCAGCAACCAUUCCGGGAGAGUUACACUUUGUACAACUCUGUACAAUCAACGAUACGCAGAAAAAACGGUAAUGAGUCGCUCCAAACAUGUAUCCUCUGCGGUCCAGCGGUACCAACGUGAACAGUUUCCUCUUAACUCUGAUGUUUCUUGCGAUCUGGAACCCAUUUUGCCGCCAGAUCUACAAAGGAGUGAAUCUAAACCAGACUUGAAAAACUUGCAAAGUAAAGAGAUAAAACAUGACUUGCAAAAACCUGUUACUUCUAGUGUGUUGAAACCGGACAGCACCAAAACAGAAUUACCAAAUGAAAGCGAAUCUGUAUUAACUGUGAACGUACCAGCAGGUGUUCAGAAAGUCAUGAUAGUUACACACACUGGUAAAAAAUUUGUGAUGGAAAUUUAAGUAGAAAUUUCAUUUGUUACGUGACUGUAUUUUGUGAACUUUUGGCGGAACUGCUUAUGGUAUGUUGACAUUAAAUAGGGGCUACGUGUACACUUUUUUUACUUGAUUGUUUCAAACGAAUUCGAUAGAGUGACAGACAUUUAUUCAAAUUAGCCUACAUUUGAUAUAGAUCUAUACUAGUUAGCCUUUCUUUUCAGUUUUCACUGGAUAUUUAGACAUGCUGAUUAAAGUUCAUUUCUGUGUUUGUGUGUUUGCUUUGAACUAUCUGUACUUGAUCAACUCAUUUCCAUAACCUGCGUAUUUGCAUAAAUCCCUCCCCUGUGUUGCGGCCGAUGACGUCACGCUCCUCACAAUAUCGAGAGAAAAUACGUGACAUAUUUUAUGCCAUAAAAUAAGCAAAACGUAUUUUAUGUGAUAUAUUUUUCAAAUAUUUUUAAAAACUUUGCUCUCUGAUUGGAUAACAAAGUAGGGCAAACUGUAAUUCGGGUUAUUCUACGAUAAAUCACACUUGGGAAAUUAUUAUUUCGAUUCUAACACGACAUACACAGUGUUAGAAAGAAUGGUAACUACCUUUUACGACAUGAACUAUACUUCGUGCUACGCAUCUGGGUCAUUCUAUACGUAGAGGAUGACGUCACUACUUUGCACGCGCACGGGUUAUCGCAAAAUAACCGUUGAUUGAUUUUCUCCAAUGUGUACAUAGGUUAUUUACUGGUCGUGUUAGAAUCAGAAAGUAAGUAUCCCUUUUCUACUUCAACAUUACUUCAUUUUCACCAGCGAAAUUUAAUUGAGCGAGUCUUCUGUAAUUUAGGGUCACAUAUAUGAUAUUACAAAACAAUAGAAAACCGUAUUAAAACAGUUUAUGGAAGCUAAGUUUCUACGAGGUUUAAUGACAGCAAAAUUAAAGAAGGGAGUCUUAACAAGCGGAUGGACAUCGGCUCACAAACCACCGCAGACUGCGGACAUUUUAGAAAAGUAUGGAUCCGUGGGCGAAUGGCUGAGGUUACUGAUAUCAACUUCCUUGCCCCUCAACGCCAUAGCGCUGCUAGAAUCAUUACAGAAAUACAGUAUUUUUACCGAAAACCAGUUAAAAGUAAGACUCUACUUAAGGAAUCCUAGCAAUAUGAUUGCUGACAUGAUUGCACACCCACUGCAGGGUCACAAAAACAAUAAUAGACCAGACAAGGAGACCAUAACUAACAUGAUAGGAAAAAUAGUAGGAUUUUAGCAGUGCUUCUUAAAAACUGACACUGACUUACGAAUAUUUAUAUGAGCCACACCAUGAGAAGACCAACAUAGUGGCUUUGAGACCAGCAUG